AUGGAUAUAACCAUUAAAAUGCUGGAUGGGAGGUUCCACACCCUGACAGGGAACCCACAGGACACAGUGAGCUCUCUGAAAAGACUCAUCCACGAGAAACUUGGAGUUUCCCCUCAGAAGCAGAAGCUGGUCUUUGUGAACGGCCAGACGACUCAACUCAACGACGACUCAAAGCCUCUCUGCUACUACGGUCUACAGUCUGGAUCCAUGGUGUCUCUGCUGGUCACCAGCGCAGAGACCAUCCAGGUGUUCCUCAGCAACCUACAGGGGAAGAAGAGCACCUAUGAUAUCAGACCCAAUGAGACUGUGAGGAACUUUAAGACCAAGGUCGAGAGCAGAGAGGGGGUCCCGGUGAGCCAGCAGAGGCUCCUUCACCAAAGCAGAGAGAUGACAGGUGGGAGACUUUCAGACUACAACGUCGUAUCUCAUAGCACCAUCAACAUGCUGCUGCGUCUGAGAGGAGGCUGAGCACCCACCAGCCUUGUAUAUGAGAUAAUUAAUAAACUGUACAUUCCUUAAUUUAAUAUGAUGAAGAUCAAAUAGCCUCAAAUGCUUUAUUUUUGUAUUUAGUAGUCUUUUAAUUUGAAAAUCCAACACAUUCCUCCAUAAUCUUACAACUUUUAUUUUGGCUUAACAUUUUAUUUUGGCAAAUACAAAUGUUACACAUAUAGACAUCAUGGUAUGUUAAAAAUUUCAUUUUCAUAAAUGCAUGUUUUUAAAUUGUGUUAUUUGGGUACUAAAAAAAUAAUAAAGAAACUAUUUAAAGUGUGAA